CUUCCGGUUGUUUUGAACUAAAAUUGUAAACAACAUGAACUUUUCAAAACACAUUUUCCCAUCUAUAAAACAACUGUCACGCUCAAACAAUUACAGAAUUGGUUACAGAUUAGACAGAAUUUCAUGCACCUGCGAUUUGCAUCAUCGGUUCUUUGCAUCUAAAGCAUACGAUGAUAAUUUUUCACGCUCUAUCAAUUCACCGGAGGAUUUUUGGGCAGAGCAGGCAGAACAAAUAGUUUGGCAUAAAAAAUGGGACAAAGUACUUGACAACUCAAACCCACCCUUUAGUAGAUGGUUUGUCGGUGGAGAACUGAAUACAUGUUACAAUGCUGUGGACCGCCAUGUUGAGGCUGGUAAUGGAGAACAAGUGGCCAUUAUAUAUGACAGUCCAAUCACUAAACAAGUACAACAUAUUACUUACAAGGAACUUCUUGAUGAGGUCAGUAAAUUUGCCAGUGUAUUGAGGAAGUAUGGUGUUGAGAAAGGAGAUAGGGUACUUAUAUAUAUGCCAAUGAUACCCCAGGCAGUGAUAGCUAUGUUAGCAUCAGCUAGGAUAGGAGCUAUACACUCACUGGUGUUUGGUGGAUUUGCUGCAAAAGAACUGGGUACUAGAAUUGAUCAUGCAAAGCCAAAAGUUGUAGUAAGUGCUAGCUGUGGGGUAGAACCAGGAAAAUCUGUGCCUUAUAAACCAAUGUUAGAUGGAGCACUUUCAUCGAUUGACUUCAAACCUAAUAAAUGUGUCAUAUAUAACAGACCUGGGUUUCAAAUAGCUGCACUGAACCAUAAGAUGGAUGUUGAUUGGCAGUUAGAAAUGUUAGAAGCUUCACCUGUUGACUGUGUCCCUGUCCUGGCUACUGAUCCUAUUUAUAUUCUGUAUACAUCAGGAACAACAGGUUUACCUAAGGCUGUAGUAAGACCGAGUGGUGGACAUGCAGUGGUACUGAAGUGGUCAAUGUGGAAUAUAUAUGGACUUAAACCAAAAGACGUGUGGUGGGCUGCAUCUGACCUUGGAUGGGUUGUAGGGCAUUCAUAUAUAGCAUAUGCACCUUUGCUUAAUGGUAAUACAACUAUUUUGUUUGAGGGGAAACCUGUCGGAACUCCUGAUCCUGGAGUGUAUUUCAGGAUUCUGAGGGAACAUGAUGUGAAGGCCAUGUUUGUAGCCCCUACUGCCCUCAGAGCUGUUAGGAGAGAGGAUCCAGAGGCUGACUAUGCUAAAAAGUAUAAACCCUUACAUGAGUUCCAGGCAUUAUUUGUAGCAGGUGAACAUUGUGAUAAGGAGACAAUGGAAUGGUCCAGGAAUGCUUUGGAAGGAAAACCUGUUCUAGAUAACUGGUGGCAAACAGAGACAGGUUGGGCUAUAACGUCGACAUGUGCUGGAAUGGGAAUGAAUCUGAAACCACCAACUGGUACCGCUGGUAAAGCUGUUCCUGGCUGGGAUGUGAAAGUUUUGAGGAAAGAUUUAACAACAGCAGAUCCAGGAGAAUUGGGCCAGAUUGCUGUAAAACUGCCUUUGCCACCUGGAGCUUUCAGUACUCUUUGGGAAAGUGAGGAGAGAUUCAAAGAUACUUAUUACAAGACAAUACCAGGGUAUUAUGACACAAUGGAUGCAGGGUUUAUGGAUGAAGAAGGAUAUGUAAGUGUAAUGGCUAGAACUGAUGAUGUCAUCAAUGUAGCAGGACACAGGUUAUCUACUGGUCAACUUGAAGAGGCCAUGUUAGAAAGUGAAUAUUUAGCAGAAGCAGCAGUAGUAGGAAUACCUGAUGAAUUGAAAGGAGAAGUACCACUUGGGCUGUGUGUACUAAAACAUGGAAUAACUGUAGACAAUGAGAAGAUAUUUGACAAUGUACGAGGUCAAGUACGGAAGAAUAUUGGACCUGUUGCUAGCUUUAAUCUAAUGGUGGUUGUACCCAAGCUUCCAAAGACAAGAUCAGGGAAAAUAGCCAGAAAUACUAUUGCUGCAAUGGCUGCUGGGAAAGAAUACAAGAUACCAGUGACUAUAGAAGAUGCGUCAGUAUAUCCUGCCAUCCAGUCAGCAUUGAAGAUCAUCGGCUAUCCUAAAAAUUCCCCCAUCAAUUGAGGAUCCAACAGUAUUUAGUGCCAUACAAACAGCAUUGAAAGGAAUAGGAUUAAUAAAGAAUACAGACAAUGUAGAACUACCUGAAGGUUUAUAGGAUGUGGAGCCUCGUGAAAGUUUUAUGCUAAGGGUGUACAGUCUCACGGAAGAUAGUAUUCCAGAUUUCAUUUGCAUUUACAUUGUAUUCAGUUCAAAUUUGAGCAGCAGGGUAGAGCAUAUAUAUACAUGAGUGCAUGAGUUGCAAGAAAUUGAUAUACAUGCUUUUGUGCUAAAAAAAAGUGCAUGUUGGAAUAAGAUUUAUUUGCUCUCAGUGUGUAUAAAAUAUUUGAUUCUAGACAUUUAUCAACGAAUUACUAUAAUCAAUCAAUCAAUCAAUUUAUCAGUCUUUUUAUUCAUUUUGUUUGGUAUAUAGUUAUUAUGUUAUAUGAUCUAUGCUGUAUUUGUUAUACCAAUUGUUAAUUAUAUAAGUCUUAUUAUGUAUACACUAUACAAUUAUGUUUGUAAUAUUAUUUGAUACCAUUUUUUUAAUUGAUUGUAAGGAUGAGAAUGCAAUAAUAAUCAUAUUGUAGUGGUGAAUAGUCAUUUAUAGUCAAUUAUUGUGGUGCUUGAUUAGUUAAUGAAUACUGUAAAUUCAGAAAUUAUUGCGUGCAUUUAUUAUUGCGAUUUUGUCAUUUUACACUUGAAUGCGAUUUUAACUUUAACGAUUUUGAGAAAAGUCAUGUUUAAUUCAGUUAAAAUAUUACAAAAUGUGAGUUUUAAUUAUUGCGUUUACAACUCAGUCGCACUAUUCGCAAUAAUAAAAACCUCGCAAUAAUUUCUGAAUUUACAGUAAUAGGAUGAAUAGGCAGACUACCAAGUGGACAGAUAGAUUACUUUUAUCCUGUUCUUGGACAAAAAAUGAUAAUAUAAUUAAAAUAUGUACACUAAAUCCAGAAGUUAAGAUAUAACAAUAAUAACCAAGCAGAUCAUAAUUUUUAUACGCAACGCAACAAAAUUGCCAGUGCCAUAUAGUUUUACCCUUGUCCGAAAUUCCGUCAUUUCUGUCCUUCCGCAACAAACCAUUAUACAGAGUUUUUUUCUAAUCGCCUUCAGAUAUUGGGUUGAUUUUUGGUAUGUGAGUUAACCCUGAUAAGUUACAGAUUAAAUUUAAGUUUCAUUCCGCUCAGCUAAUUUUUGCUGAAAUUAAGGGCUUUGGACUUUGAUAAAUUGUUGAAAAUCACAGUUAAACAAACUUUUUUUCUGAACGCUUUUAGAUAUUGGGCUGAUUUUUGGUUAUGUGAGUUACUCAUGAUAAUUCAUAGAUCAAGUUUUAAGUUUUGUUCUGCUCCUUUAAUUUUUGUCAAAAUUAAGGGUUUACAACUUUGAAAAUUGUUGAAAUUCACAGUUAUACAGACUUUUUUUCUAAACGCCUCCAUAUUUUAAGCUAAUUUCUGAUAUGUCAGACUACCAUCAUGUUUGUGUCCACAUAGGUUGUUGAAAUUGCAGAUUUUUCAACUUUCUGAGACGGGGCCAUUCUUGUCGCUUUGACACAUCUAGUUUUUAGAAGUCUUUUAUCAAUUUCAUAAAUUUGUUCAAAUUGUAAGAAAAUGUAAUCAUGACAGGCAAUUCUUGAUUUUGUGGUGGUAUGGGUCCGGUUGAUUUUUCAUUUUCUUUUUUGCGAGACACUCAAGCAAGGUGGGCAAUAAUGCAAAACUGCAUUUCAAAUUUAAAUAGUUUUUAGCAGUUAUCAUAUAUGUCUGAAUAAUAUUGUGAAAUAAAUAAAUACUGUGAUGUCUAGAUUAUGUUAUAAUCUCUUUCAAAUAAUCUUUUUCAAACUUAGUUUG